UAGAGCCAUACUAUUUCACUGGCCCACUCAUGGCAGGGACUCAACCAUUCUCACCUGACUUCAUUCAUUCCCAAUCAUGGUUCAAACACACCUGACUUCACUCACUACCAAUUAUGGCUUAGUCUAUAAGUACCACCUCCUUCCUUUGUUCUGGCUGUCAGCAACAUGAGGCAGCGGUGUGGGGCAGCAUGUGGGGGCGCUCUGGCUCACAAUUCAGGCACAAAUACUACGGUCGUGCGUAAAUAAAAAAAAACCACACAACCGUCAAGCCUCAUCUGCCUUUGCCCUGAAUAUGUGCAGAGUGUAAAUAAAUGGCUUAAAUGGAAACAACUGUUGUCCUUCAUAUAUUCUGACCGAUGUACCAUGGUGAUGCUCAAUUCCUAAACCCAAGCCAAAGAUACAAUUCUACAUGUGGUCCUUCGAGCCGGAAUCGUGAACAUUGCCACGGCUGAAGGACAGUCACCUCUUACCCAUGGAGCUCUCCAGUCUCGAUGCCAAACCCGCCUACCUAGGCACCUUGAGAACUAUGAAGUUGGCCGUGUGGAUAGAGCAACAAACACAAAAUGCACACUUCACCCACAUGAGGGCCAACUGGAAGAACAUGAGAGAUGAUGAGGUAGAGUACUCUGAGCAUCCCGAACAAAGUCGGCCCCACACCAGCCCGGAGACCCUCGAAGAGCUGCCCCCUACAUCUGCUGCCAAAGAGCAAGAUGGUACUCCAGAACUCAGCCACGCUGACUUAACAAAGCAGCUACUAGAAACCGUGACAAUGGUAAGGCAGCAGGGGGAAAUAUUACAGUGCCUCAUGGAGCGAUAUGAAGCUCCCAGCCCAGGAAGCAGCUGCUCCUACACCAGUCACCAAGGUGUAUCACACCCACCAACGGAUACCUACUUUUGUGAAAGAAAUCAGAGCCCAGUUUGGUCUCCCCAAGUACCACCAGCUAUCCGCCAUGAACCUGCAGCAGUAUCCUCAGCCCAGCCCGGAGGCCCUCGAAGGGAAAAUGUAGCACCAUCUUCAGUUCACUACCAACCGGCCCCCCCAGCAACGCCCGGUUCUUUACCAGCCUGUGUCUUCUUAUCCUGUUGCCUCAGUCUCCCAGGCAGUCAUAUCCUUCAAUCCCCCCUCACCAGCCAAUUUCGUCUAAUCCUUCAUCUUUCCACCAUUCCCUGCCAUAUCAACCCUCAGCCUCCUAUCAGCCUAUGACCACUAAUCCUCCUCUCCAAUUACAGUCCAGACCCUUGGACCCCUCCAUAGGAGCUGCAGCACCACCUGCUGGUCGUUCCAGGCGUUACAGGCCAACUGAAGCCCCAAACUUUCCUGAUCUAACGAGAGAGGAUGAGGUACAUUACAGGAUGUUGCAAAUGGCGUUGAACAAUUUACUUGACCCAGAUGAAUCUGAGGAAUUCAAGUUUCACAUUCUUCUCGAUCAUCUAAAGGUGGACCAGGUCAAGCGCUUGGCCUCAGCCUAUUCCUAUGCCCAACAGCCAUUCACCGAAGCUCUAAAGACCCUGAAUGAACGUUAUGGACAACCACGCCAGUUGGCACUCAGGGAAUAGAAGAACAUAAUGGCACUCCCUCCUGUACGUCCUGGAGACGGUUAUGGCCUUGACACCUUUGCUCUGAGAGUCCAAGCCCUGGUUGGCCUGCUAAGAACUAUGGCAGGCCAAGGUAAUGCAGAACUCCUCACAUGUAGCUCACAUGUAGAUAGGCUACUGGAGAAACUCCCAAAUGAGCAUGUGAGCCGCUUCAAACGUCAUAUGCACCGAAGCCAGGUACAUGCCAACUAUGAUCUCGCUGACCUCUCGGAAUGGUUACAAAUGGAGUCCCGCUGCCAACCUAGAUGGGAUUACGUAGGCCCGUAUCCCUCUCGAUCACAAAGACCACCACCACAAAUCUCCUCCCACACCACCACAACUAUACUUCAUGGAACUAACAGCACUGGUGAACGCCAAAUGUCUUCAAGGUCCCCUUGUGCCUAUUGUAGCUCCAUAAGUCAUCACAUAAGCCAAUGUGCCGAUUUCAAAGCCCUAAACAGGCAACAAGUCAUAGUCUGGAUCAAGGAGAAUAAGAGAUGUUGGCGCUGUGCCUGACCACAUGCUGGAGCUAAGUGCACACUAAACAGGGACUGCAAUACAUGUAAGAGGAGACAUCUACAGAUAUUGUGCAAAAUCAAUACCAGAUCUGUAGCAAUCUGCAGCUCAAUGUCUUAAACUUGAGGGGGAGCCAGAGGAUUUAGCCCUUAGAACACUAAGGCAAGGAGUGGAGAUACUUCGGGGGGCCUCGGUUUCCUUCAAGGUGAGCUUUGCCUCCAGUCCUGGUGAACUUCACAUAACCAUGUUUUCACAGCUGACCGCCUUGCUCUGUCUGAGCAUACACACCCUGUUCUUUCCCUUCAAAGGAGAUAUAAACACCUACGUGGACUACCAUUGACAACAAUGCACCAGGUGACCCCACUACUUCUAAUUGGCUCAGAUCAUAAUCAUUUGAUUUCACCUAUAGCCCCAGUCCGAUUUGGCCCCCCAGGACCACCGGCAGCAGUUAAGACUCGCCUUGGCUGGACACUGCAAGGCCCAACAAGGGAAAUCAAACCUCACCCUUCUGUUUCCAAGUGCUACCACAUCUCGAUUACCUCGAACGCAAAUGAUCUGUACCAAAAGGUGGAACGGCUCUGGCAAUUGGAUGCAGUCCCCCAUCGCAAUGAAAGGGCCACCACACGGUCCAAGCUAUUAAUUUGUUUGAGGCAGCCGCAGAGAGGGUCUGUGUGGAUGGAGUCCAUUGCUAUGCCACACCUUUCUUAAGAAUACCAGAUAUGGCUCUCCUAAAUGCUUCUCUACAGAGUGAUGGGCCUCCUUUAAUACAUGAUGUCCCUCAACUCCUACUCCCUACCUUACCUCAACCUUCCCCUGUAGCCCCGGUUUCAUCUCCACCUCCAGUCCCAGUCCUAACAUCCAGUGGAAAGAAAGUACAGUCCAGCACUACCCCUUCCAGUCCCCCUCCUGAAUGGAAGCCUCAUCCACCAGUCAGUUCAAGUAGCUCCACUACUGGCUCUGGAGUUAGCCCCGUGCACAAUAAGCCACGAAGUAUUGUGGGUAAAGAGCAAGCCGCUUUUGGGAGGAAUGGGUGUCCCCCUACCUCCACCCCUUGGCCUCUGGUGUCCCAGCAGCAGGCUGUGACCAUCAGCCCUACAAAGAGCCCCUCUUCUUUGUGGAGUGCCUCACAUGUGGUUGUGGGCAGCUCUUCUGGGCAGAACUGGAGGGAAAGGGACAGUGGUCUGAGUCAGUAUUUACCGCCCGCUCACGAGGCUGGGGGCAGCCUGGGUGAGGAGCAGCAGAAGCUGCUGGAGGAGUCUAGUAAAACACUGGGUAUCGAUGCCGGUUUGGAUGGGGCCACGAACACAGCAGAGAUAUUGAAGAAUCUACUGAAAGAAGUGAAGAGUACUUUACAGAUGGAGUGUGGGGAAUGGCUGCAGUUCCAGGCUGACCUACAGGUGUCGGUGGCGGACCGUUUGAGAGCCAAAGCAGAAGAAGAGCUGACUGUGCUCCGAACAGCGCACAAGGAUGUGGAGAGGGAGCUGGCUGCUUCACAGCAGAGACAGGAGACUGAAAUGCAAUUGGAAAUCCUGAGGGGGGAGUUAAAGGAGAGCAGGCAGAGACUGGAAACUCUCACCCAAGCUCCAUGUCAGGAACCAGAGCAGCCCAAUAGAGAACCAACCAACAACUCCGAAAGCAAAGAAGGGACCCACAGAGGCAGGGAGAGAGGGGUGUACAAGUUGGGGCGAGAAGGGCUGGGGAGGAGUCGGAAUGAAUUGAGGAAGAAUGUUGUCAACAAGGAGGCCAAACUGGACUGUAAAGGCGUGGCUAAGCGUUACCUGAGAAAUGUGACCAAUGAGGAUAGGAGUGGAGAGGAGGUGCGAUCCAGUGAAACACGAAGGACGGCAACCACAGAGAGAGGUCAAGAAGCUUGUCCAGAUUACCUGCUUCCACAGGCUCCCUCACCAUGCAGAAUGGAACUUAGUCCAUCCUUCCGAGUUCAACUGGAGAAACAGAGGAUUCAAUUUCAUUUCAACCGGCCGUAUGCCCCACAUUUCGGAGGAACCUGGGAACGGGAAAUUUGUUCUGUCAAACAAGCUCUGCAAAUUUCCCUUGGUGCUCAACUGGUCACGGCAGGAGUUCUGCUCACUCUGUUGAUAGAGCUUGAAAAUAUCCUCAACUUCAAACCUCUUGGCCAUGUUUUCCUCAGUCGCCGGCAGUGGCGUCAUAGCCAAGUGUUGGCCGAUCACUUUUGGUCUCAUUUUAUCAAACUCCAAGGCAGAUAGAAGUGGCAAGCACAUAAGGAAGACAUGCAUGUUGAUACAGUUGUUAUGAUCAUGGAUCCCCAACUUCCAAGGACUCUAUGGCCUGUUGGUCGUAUUAUGAAGGUACUGCCAAGUAAGGAUGGUCAUGUCAGGAUGGCUGAAGUAACAGUAGGAAAUAAGUUCUAUGUCCGUCCAGUUUCACGGCUGGUUAAGCUUCCUGCAAUACCUGAUGAACUCCCAGAUCACUCCUCAUAGUAUGACUCUUAGGAGUGCAAAUCCCUAUAGGAUUUGGGGGCGGCUGUAGAAUAGAACCAUACUAUUUCACUGGCCCACUCGUGGCAGGGACUCAACCAUUCUCACCUGACUUCAUUCAUUCCCAAUCAUGGUUCAAACACACCUGACUUCACUCGCUACCAAUUAUGGCUUAGUCUAUAAGUACCACCUACUUCCUUUGUUCUGGCUGUCAGCAACAUGAGGCAGCAAUGUGGGGCAGCAUGUGGGGGCGCUCUGUCCUCACAAUUCAGGCACAAAUCCUACGGUCGUGCGUAAAUAAAAAAAACCACACAAAACCGUCAAGCCUCAUCAUCUGCCUUUGCCCUGAAUAUGUGCAGAGUGUAAAUAAAUGGCUUAAACGGAAA